CAGGAUUUCAGGAUUUCAGAUGCGAAGCUUCUUCAUUCGUAAUCGUAAUUGUUUAUUACAAUCUUUCAAUCAAUCCAAUUUCAGAAAACAUAAUACGUGAGAUAUUGAGCAACAAUAAUGGCGGAAUUCCUGGAGCUGGAAGCGCAGGAUGGCGUUCGGAUGUCGUGGAAUGUCGUGCCGGGAACGAAGCAGGAAGCCAGUAAGUGCGUCGUGCCAGUAUCGGCCAUCUACACUCCGAUCAAGUCCUUUCCUAACAUGCCAGUCCUCCCCUACGUUCCUCUCCGCUGCCGUAACUGUCGUUCUGUUCUUAAUCCCUUCGCUAUUGUGGAUUUUGCCGCCAAGAUCUGGAUCUGCCCAUUCUGUUUCCAGCGUAGUCACUUCCCUCCUCAGUAUGCCUCCAUCUCCGAUGAAAACCUUCCCGCCGAGUUGUUUCCGCAGUAUACCACCAUCGAGUAUCAGUCCCCUGGGGAGGCAGCCUCUGUUCCUCCGGUAUUCAUGUUCGUCCUCGAUACUUGCAUCAUUGAGGAGGAGAUGGCCUUCCUCAAGUCUGCCUUGUCCCAGGCUAUCGGACUCUUGCCUGGCAAUUCUCUGGUUGGCUUGAUCACCUUCGGCACUCUUGUCCACGUGCACGAGCUGGGGUUUGGGCAAAUCCCCAAGACCUAUGUCUUCAAGGGCUCCAAGGAAGUCACGAAGGAUCAGCUCCUCGAACAGAUGAGCUUCUUCGUCAAGAAUCCAAAGCCCCCAACAGGUGUUAUUGCCGGUGCGAGGGACGGCCUCUCCUCUGAAAGCAUUGCACGUUUCCUCUUGCCUGCGUCUGAGUGCGAGUUCGCCCUCAAUUCUGUCCUGGAGGAGCUCCAGAAAGAUCCUUGGUCCGUUCCUGCUGACCAGCGUGCUGUCAGAUGCACUGGCGCUGCAUUGAGUGUGGCUGCUGCUUUGUUGGGAGCCUGUGUUCCUGGUUUGGGAGCCAGGAUCAUGGCAUUUGUUGGAGGUCCCUCAACAGAAGGGCCUGGUGCUAUUGUCUCAAAGAAUCUAUCUGAGCCAAUUCGUUCCCACAAGGAUCUUGACAAAGAUUCUGCACCCCAUUAUAAUAAAGCUGUUAAGUUUUAUGAGGGCCUCGGAAAGCAGCUUGUGCAUCAAGGACAUGUGCUUGAUCUCUUUGCUUGUGCCCUUGAUCAGGUGGGUGUUGCUGAACUUAAAGUUGCAGUUGAGAGAACUGGAGGGCUGGUUGUGCUUGCAGAAAGUUUUGGCCACUCAGUAUUCAAGGACUCUCUUAGAUGUGUUUUCCAGUCGAGUGACUAUGAUCUUGGACUAUCUUCAAAUGGUAUAUUUGAGAUCAACUGUUCAAAGGACGUCAAAGUUCAGGGAAUCCUUGGCCCUUGUGCAUCUCUUGAAAAGAAAGGACCUUUGUGCUCUGACACAAUAAUUGGGCAGGGGAACACCACUGCAUGGAAAAUGUGUGGUCUUGAUAAAGCUACGUCUUUAUGUUUAGUAUUUGAGAUUGUUAAGAAGGAUAUCCCUGAUGCUGCUGUUCAAUCCCCCAGCAAUCAAUUCUAUUUCCAGUUUCUGACAUAUUACCAGCAUAGUAGUGGUGAAAUGAGACUUCGUGUUACAACUCUUUCAAGAAGAUGGGUUGCUGGACCUGGUAGCAUACAGGACUUGAUUUCUGGAUUUGAUCAAGAAGCAGCUGCUGCAGUCAUGGCACGCUUAGUUUCUUUCAAAAUGGAAAUUGAGUUGGGCAUUGUGUUGCUGUCAUGGCUGUUUUUCAUCAUUUUCUCUGCUUACCGUUCUUGGCACUUAUAAAAAGAUUAGACUCAUGUAAUUAUUACCUGUGUGCUACUCAUUGCAUGGUGCAACUGGCACUGCAGGCCGAGUUUGACCCUAUAAGAUGGCUGGACAAAGCAUUGAUACAUAUAUGUUCGAAGUUUGGAGAUUAUCAAAAGGACAACCCAUCUUCUUUCAGCUUAUCUCCACGGUUUUCAAUAUAUCCUCAGUUCAUUUUUCACUUGCGGCGUUCCCAAUUUGUCCAGGUAUUUAAUAAUAGUCCAGAUGAGAC